AUGGCCUUACGAUCCACUUCAUCCAACCAUGUCUAUUUGAACGGCCGAACCCUGGAAGGAGGUGGGCAGCUAGUCCGAAUUGCCAUCGGACUCUCUGCAUUGACUGGCCGUCCAGUUAGUAUUGAUCAUGUUCGCGCGAACAGACAGGGAAAGAAGGGGUUGAAAAGAACCCAUGCAGCAGCAGUGAAACUGUUAGCCGAGAUUAGCGACAGCAAAGUAUCGGGAGGUGAGGUUGGCUCUGAGUACUUGAACUUCUUUCCUCAGUCAACCAAAUCAAAAGACGGACCUCUCCGGGAGUUGUCGCAAGUGAGUAUAAAGUCCGAAUACAACAUCAAGCUCACGACUGCCGGUGCCAUCUUCCUUGUCUUCGAGACCCUCUACCCCUAUCUGCUUUAUGCUGGAUCGCAGGCGGCUGCUCCUUUUGUGAAAGUAAACAUAACUGGUGGAACCAACGCUACUUGGUCUCCAUCAUAUGACUACGCAGCGCAAGUUAUCGCGCCAAAUUUCGCCAAACUUGGACUUCCUCCUUUAUCCAUUGUCCUUCACAAGCGUGGCUGGACAACGGGGCCGGUUGACCUUGGAGAAAUCACCUUUCUUGUAUAUACACUCGCAUCCGAACACAACCCAGAUGGCGUACAUCAGCCUAAGGGGUCAUCGGAAAGAGAUCGGAAUCGGACAGCCGAGGCUCUAUGCAGCUUCCCGCGGAUGAAUUUAAUGGAUCACAAACGCGGAAAAGUCACGCAAAUUGAUAUCACAGUACUCGCACCUGAUCAACCGAUCAUCAGCGGAGACGCAGAAGAGGGAACAGGGAGUACUGUUCGCCAGUUUAUCGAAAAAGUCACCCAACGCACUCUCUGCCUGGAAACCAGAAAGCUCGAUCAGACUAUAUUCGGCAAAUACUCUCCGUCAUCUCCACUCCAAGAGGACACCCUCGGCAAAUCAUCAGCCGAAGAUACACCAGUUCCUAUCAGAAUCCACACAUCGGAAGUUACAUAUCACCGUAGCCACAUAUAUAUCCUUCUUGUGGCCCAUACCUCCUCAGGGUUCAAAAUUGGCCACGAUAUUAUCUGCAGCGAUCGCCUGCCUAGGCCAAAGUACAAGGGGAAACAAAAACACCAGCCAGCCCAUGAUCCUCGGCGUGGUUCUCAAAACAACUUAGCAUUUUCUGCAGCAGCAGAUUUAGUCCACCGAUGCGUGGAAGGAUUUAUACGGGAAAUCUCAAAUGAGAGCCCAAAUACCCAACCAGACCAGAAAAGUCCUUCCACCAGCAAGAGAGCUUGUCUAGAUGCACAUAUGAGAGAUCAAGUUGUUGUUUUCGAGGCACUUGGAAAGGUCUGUCACCCAGGCGAGUAUGAGACCGAAGCAACCGAAACUUUGGAAGACGAGCGAGAUUGGACACUUCACACGAAGACCGCACAGUGGGUAUGUCAGCAGAUGUUGGGUAUCUAA